CUUAUAUUCUAAAAACAAUGCCUUUAUUCUCACUGCAAGGCCUGGGCUACGCCAUCACUGUGUUCGUCGCGUACAUACUUGUUAAGACGAUAUACCGUCUGUACCUCCACCCUCUCUCCCACUUCCCCGGUCCCAAGCUCGCAGCUGCAACAACGCUCCACAAUGCAUACUACGAUAUUCGCGGCGCCGGCCUUAUCAAGAAGCUGCCGGAAAUGCAUAAGAUAUAUGGACCGAUCAUAAGGAUCCAGCCGAAUGAACUGCAUGUCGCAGACCUAGAAGGCUAUAACCAAAUCUUCCGCGUCGGCACUCCCUUCACCAGAAUCUGGCACGACAACCCCUUCCUCACAGGGUCCUUGCAAUCCAAAGAGACCCUCCCGGAAACCAAAAAGCGGCGAGAGUUCCUCUCGCCCUUCUUUUCCAAAGCCGCAAUCUCGCGCGUGGAGCCGUAUCUCCACCGGCAAAAGCUCUCCGGGUUCCUGUCCACGCUCGAAAAAGCGAACGGCACGGUGGUCGACUUCUACCUCGCGUUUCGCUGCCUGACGGCCGACCUCGUGAUGGAUUACUGCUUCCAGCAGGACCUCGAUGCGCUGGCGGCGCCGGGCUUUCAGGACAAGACAGUCGAGGCGUUCAUCCAGGGCUUUGAUAUGGCGCUCGUGGGCACUUUUUUUCCGAACUUCUUUGGAUUUGUUAAUAAGAUUAUUAUGGCGUUGCCCGAGGGGGUGAGGGAGAGGUAUUUCGCGCCUGUGCAUGGGUUUCAGAUGAUGCAGAAGGUGAGGAGCGUCCUUUUACCCUUUCCCAGUGCUUUCUCAUCCAGCAAUUCCAAGAUCCCCACAAUGUUCGACCUGAUGCUCAACCCAGAUGCGGAAAAAGGCCAGGUCACUCCGCCGAAGAGCGACAUGGUCGCAGAGGGCUGUUUGAUGAUUGCAGCGGGGACGGAUACGACGGCCAACGCACUGGGCAUUAUUCUCUUCCACGUGACGCAGAAUCCCCAGAUCGAGGCUAGGCUUGUGGAAGAACUGAAGACCGCGAUGCCCGGUCGCGACGUGAUGGUGGAAAGCGCAAGGCUGGAGGGAGAAGGCUUUGAGUACAUGCGCGCCGUCGUGAAAGAAGCUCUCCGGCUCUCCUACGGUGUCCCAGGCCGCAUUAUCCGCAAGACGCCUAAGGAAGGCGCGCGGUUUGGAGAUACUUUCGUGCCGGGUGGUACAUCCAUAACCUCCGGCAUCUACCUACAAAACACGGACCCAGCCACCUUCCCCUCACCCUUCACGUUCGAUCCCACGCGCUGGCUCUGCUCGCCCGAAACCUACAAACAGCGCGACCGGCAAAUGCUAUCUUUCUCCCGGGGCUCGCGGUCCUGUAUUGGGAUUAACCUUGCGUAUGCGACGCUGCACUUGACAGUAGCGCAUCUAUUCCGGAGAUUCGAGGUGAAGACGACCGGAUAUACGACGGAAGCGGAUAUGGAGUGGAAGGAUCGCUUUGUGCCUCAGGCGAAUGGGAGGAUUAAGGGGUUCGUGAAGGUUAGAGAGGACUGA